AGAGGGACCACGUGACUGCGAUCCAAAUUCGGCGAUUGGAUCUGGGGUUCAUAAAAUUGCAACUCCGCGGCAUCGUACAAAUAAAGUCAAAUUCGAUCGCGUAUAAGUUGUAGGCGGGACUGCCUUCCAAGGACCUCCGCUCUUCGUUGUUCUCUUGUUCGUGCUCCCCUUGCGCGUCUUGUCCUAAUAUCUUCAUUCCCCCCCCUUCUGCCAUGGCUGUAAAACGCAAGUUCGACUUUGAUGUCUCCACCGACUGUCCUCAGGCCGCUAAACAACUGAAAUUGGUUCCCUUCCCUGGCUUUGAGCCCGACUCUGAUGUUCCUAUGUCUGAUUCUCCCUCUUCUGACUUGGACCUUUUUUUCCCUGAGAACCAUCACUCUCGUCUUGUCUCUACUGCCAGCAGCUCCUCCAGCGUCUCUUCCGGUCUAUAUGAUGCUGUCGAUUACAACUCCCCUCUUUACCCCAGACUCAGUGCCCGUCAGCCUGUCCUCGACCCCUAUUCACCAGACUCCACCAAAGCCGUUGGCUUGUUGCAACCUGCCAGCAGUUUUACUCACCAUGGCUUGAAUUGUUCUCAAAUACCGAAGCUACGUGUGGCAUGCUCAGCAAGCCCCGACGGCUCAAGAACUAUGUGGAGCUUUUGUGAACAGUGCGGCGCCAUCUCCAUGGUCGACACCGACUAGACUCGACAUCAUUUCUUGUCCGACUCACCCUCACACCCAUUCCCUUGACUUAUAGUUCGUCUAUUGCUCUGAUCUUAUCGCCUGCAAAUUAUCGACCCCAGUGGAUUCUUGCGACAAAACAACAAAUAUCGCGCCUGCUAUUUAUCCGACUGACCCCCCGCUUCACAUCCCACUUGUCCCUGACCCGACCUCACCCUCUCCAACCAGCAACUCAAAGUCCCAAGCUCGAAUCUGCCAGCACUCUCGAUGCCUUCCGUCGUAGUUUAUCAGUGCUCUCCUAUCGCUCGCUGUGUAGAUAUGAUAUUGCUUGCUAUGUAAACCUCUAAAAACAACUCAGUUUUGCUGAAUCUGGUGCCAUCGUCAUGCUAAG